AUUAUAUGAUAAUAUGUGCAUUAUCUGAAAAAUACUAUUUAUAAAAAUCUCAUUUUAUAUUAUUUCCUUUGAUAUCUCCCCAAAAUUUGUCGUAAUAACCAUUUGUCUGGAAACGAGGUUAUUAUUGUCACAUGACAAACACGUCAUAUGAAAACAUAAGAUUGUAGAUUCGUGAAUGAAGCACCACGUGAAGUAGAUGUGGGAAAUUAAGUCGUUGUUGUAACCACAAAAUUGUCUCCAAAGUUACAUUACGCUCGAGUAGGCAAUCGUAGCAGUAUUUAAGCCAUGGAAAGAGGACGAUUUGGAAGAAAACGUGCGCUCGCUGGAUGCCUAAAGACCCUGGCCAUGACAACCUGGCAAGUGUGUGUCCUCACUGGAGGGCGAUCAAGACUCCGUCUCCCGAUCAUCCUCGCUGUUCUGUGCCUGUGUUGUAUCUGCAGUGAGACGGGACCUACGUUGCUUUCAGACGAAAAGAGUACCUACUAUACAGCAUGUGUAAAUAUCACCUACACAGACGCUAGUGGUAGGCAUCACCGACCGCUGCAGGACAUUGGGAAAUACAGCAUGGGCAGCACAAUAGCGCGAGCAUAUGGACAUGUUCACCAUGUUGUGACGAAGGACGGCUCUCACUAUGGAUGCACAAUCCCAGUAAACGUGAUCGACAGAGGUCAGCCUUGGAUCGCACUCGUCAAGCGAGGACAGUGCAGAUUCCAGGACAAGAUUUACAACGCUGCCAAACUCCGGGGGGCCACGGCGGUUGUUGUUUACAAUGACAGAGAAGAGAACCCGCUCGUUGUAAUGGAUCACGAAGUUGAGGACGUCAUCGCCAUAUUCAUCGGCAAAGAAGAAGGAGAUUAUAUAGCAACCAUGUUGGACAACUUUGUUCCUGUUGAGAUGACCAUAACACCGGGCAGCGAGGCAUUGCCAAAAUACUCGGCACUGAGCACAACCGGCGCAUCUAGCACUGUCUCAACUAGCACACUCAUAUUGGGAGUGGUUGUAACGAACUUUCUCUACAUGAUGAUCACAGGCACGACGCUAUGAUGAUUGUUAUUGUAUUAGUCUGAACAGUUAAGUGCAAAUGUUUUUAUGCAAUGCAAUCAUCAAUGCAACCAGCGUAGAUCGUUUGAUUGUUUUGUUUGGUUUUUUUUUUACUGGCGUGUUUAUACAGCAGGCAUCCAUUGGACAAUGUUAUGUAUGUUGUUAUUGUUGUUUUUGUUGUUAAACGUUGUUGUUGAGACUACAACAAGAAAACCUCACUUCGGUCUAUUUCUGCAGAUUUGAUAUAUUCUUUGUAUGGCUUUUUUCUAAUUCUUCGAAAAAUGAUGUUUUAAAAUCACUUCCAAGAUUCAAAGCCUCCAGCUCAGGAGUAGGUGGGUGGUCGUUUAGCCCCUCCCCUGGGCAUGGCCGUAUUAGUAUAACAAAUCUGUGCAAAAUCUAGACCAGGCAUCUGAAUUAACUUUGCGACAGCCAUGCUACCUGUGCCUCCCUUUCAAAGAUAAAGUUUAAUGAAAAGUGUUGUAAUUUUAUAGCUUGAAGAUCAUUGUAUCCAACGUGACGCUGAUUUUUGAUCAACUUGUAAAACAAGUUAGAAAAGAAUGCCAUUUGUAUUCCAUUCGCUUAUACCAUCGAGUUUUUGUCACCUUGCCCAGGUGUAGAAAUUCACUAAAAUAAGUAACAGGAUUUUCCAGUAAUAUUGCCUAUGUUAACGUGGCCAUUAUUCAUCAGUGUACAGAAGUUCAUGGGAUACUCGUUAGUAUGGAAAGUAAACGACACAUGUACUAUAACACUUUGUAAAAUAAUCUUGCAUUGUAUUUAUUACAGUUUUGUAAAUAAUGGUUUAAGCCAAGCUCAUUUAGAAGAAUUGUAAUAACUGUACUUUCAUAAUCAUUUAUUAUUAUUAUUGUUAUUAACAACAUUAUUAUAACCCUUCAAGAGCUGCUAUGUUAUUGUUGAAUUCAAGUGUACCUUGUUGGUGAAUAAGUUAUUUUGUACAUAUAAUUAUAUUUUUCCAUAUAACAAAGGUCGAAAGAUGUCAAAUGUCAAUUGCUUUGCUAAGUUUUGCACUAUGUAUGAAUAAAUUCUGUAAAGAGA